AUGGCCUCGAAGACGCCCAUACGAACUAUCUCGAACUAUGUCUGCCACACAUGUCGAACGAAACUACGACACCAAGCCCUCCGCCCCUUCUCCACGACCACCCCCCGACCCUUAGCGGACGACGGCCCCUCGAGCGUCGACGACAUCUUCAGCGGCAUCGGCACCCAACGCCACAAUCGACGCGACGCCAAUCUGCGCAACUCCCCCGAGAACCAGUACCAAAGAGACCAGGCAGCGCGCCGCUCCCCAGGCAGCGCCAGCAGCACUUCCUCGGAACUCAUGAACGCCCUCGAAGACACUUCCUUCAACAGCCUGCUCACGAAUGAGACUGCUGCCAAUCUUGACGCUAUCAAUCGACCGCAAGCUGCACAUCGCCUGCACGUGUAUGCCACGAAGCACAAUACCCACCUCACGCUCGUCCAGCCUCCGCGCGCUGCUUCAGAGACGGCAUCAUUACGGGUUGCCGGCACGAAGCAGAGCGCUACGGAAGGCAAGAAAGUUGUCGAUACGCUCAUAUCGCUUUCGACAGGGAAUAUUGGGUUUAAGAAGGCCGGACGCGGAAGCUUUGAUGCUGCGUUCCAGCUGGCGGCGUUUGUGCUACGGCAGAUGGGCGAGAAGGGGAUGACGAAUGAAAUUCGGGAGCUACAGGUCGUGCUGAGAGGUUUCGGCGCAGGACGAGAAGCGGUGACGAAGGCACUGCUGGGAACAGAAGGGAGAGGGGUCCGGGGGAAGGUAAGGGCGGUGGUGGAUGCGACGCGCUUGAAGCAGGGCGGACCGAGAAGUAAGAAGCCGAGAAGAUUGGGUUGA